UUACUGAAUAUGUGAAAUGUAACAGUUUAAAAAGUUAAAAUGUGUGUUUUUACAAAAAUAUGUACUAAAGAAGAGUAUGACUCUCUUUCCUUCACCCUUUGGUACCAGUUUCACUUUCCUGUCCUUUUGAUCCCAUUUCCAUCUGCCUUGUAAUAACCAAACUCAUUAGUUCUGUCUUUUGUGAGUUUCUUUUUGACCACAUGCAUAGAUCCAUGUGUAAUUUUUUUUAAGUUCUACUUCAUUCUUACAGAAAAUAUAGCAUACUGUUUUACACCAGUGCUUUCUAAAAUUUACAAUUUAUCCUGAAAACUGCCCCACAUCAGUUCAGAAAAGUAACCUUCAUCCUGUUCCACAGCUACAGAGUACCUCAUUAUAUGUGAACAUACUUGCUCUGUGCCAGACACUGUCACAGGUGCUAGAGAAACAGCAACAAAUGAAAUGAACUAAAAUCCUUGUCCUUUAAGGGGCUUACAUUCUACGGAGAAAAAUAAGACAUGAAACGAGAGGAGGGGUGUUGCAUGUGUGGGUCAUCUGGGAUGGAGAUGUCAUAAUUUAAAAUAGGAUGGUCAGUUAUGGCCUUACUGAGAAUAUGACAGUUUAUCAAAGAUUAGAGUGAGAUGAGAAAGGGAGCCUUGAAGAAGAUCUUGAGGAUUAGCACUUUAGCAGGGAGAGACUUACAAGCAUAAAGACGUUGAAAUGGAAGUGAACCUGGAUUGUUUGAACAAAAGCAAGGAGAGCAAGAUGACUGGCAUACAGUACAAAUGAGAAGAGCAGGGAAGUGUGUCAGAGGAGUAGCUAGGAGUCAGAUUUCCUAGGGGCUUGUAGGUUCUAAUAGGAGCAGUUUUGUUGGAGCAGUGAAAGCGAGUAUUUGUAGUAUGUUCCAGAAACCUUGAUAAGAUUUAAGAUAAGAAUUAAAGACAAUGAACAGAUUUAUUUCUUUUGAGGAAUUUUGCUGUAAAGAGAAAGAAGUGAAAGUAGCUUGAGGAUGAAGUGGUUGAGAGAAGUUUCUUGUUGGUGCUUUUGUUUUAGGAGCGGCAACAGCUAGUUUGCUGAUUAGUAUGAUUCAGUAGAAAAGAACAAAUUGGUAUUGCAGAAGAGAGAGGAUAGAAUUGCAGGAGUGAUGUCCUUGUGGUGAAAAGGGGGUGGAAUCCAGUACCCCGACCAACAGAUUGUCCUUAGAUUGAGCGGGGGCAGUUUGUCAUCCAUGGUAACGAAAGGAAAGAUGGGGUGCAUGACCACACUUGCAAGAGGUUGGUUGUUGUGGUGGGAGCACGUGCAAGUGUUUUUAUGUUUUUGUUUUUUUCCUUCCUUAGAUUUUUCUCAGUAAAAUAUAAAGCACAGUCAUCAGUUUUUAUUCCUUAGGUCACAGAGGAGGGGGUUUGAAUAUAUGAGACGGUCAAACAUGAAAUGAUCAUUGAAAAGAGGUUGUAAAUACCACAUAAAGAACGAGUGCAUGUGAUGCUGGAAACUUGUAAAGAGGAACUGCUCAUGGCUGAAAGGCCUAAAACAGAUGUAUCUUUCAAGUUCUUAUCGAGAAAAUGACUGUGAAUAAAAUGAUGGGUCAGGAAGACCAGUGGAAAACUCCCUAGGAGAGAGCCAUAGAAAAUGUACACUUCAGAAGAGAGAUAUAAUCAGAGAACUCAAAAAAGGAAAAUAUAUCAUGUAUGCCCUCAGAAGGGUAAAAAGAUUUUUAUUCAUGUGCAUGAGAUUACUCAAAUAGAUGAUCAGAUAUACGAGUGCCUUGAACGUGAGCAAAACUUUUGUGAAAACUUAGCUCUUAUUAUGUGUGAGAGAACCCACACUGGGGAGAAACCUUAUAGAUGUGAUAUGUGUGAGAAAACCUUUAUCCAAAGCUCAGAUCUUAUUUCACAUCAGAGGAUCCACAGUUAUGAGAAACCUUAUAAAUGUAGCAAAUGUGAGAAGAGCUUUUGGCACCACUUAGCCCUUUCAGGACACCAGAGAACGCAUGCAGGUAAAAAAUUCUAUACAUGUGAUAUCUGUGGCAAGAAUUUUGGUCAGAGCUCUGAUCUGCUUGUCCACCAGCGAAGCCAUACAGGUGAGAAACCAUAUCUGUGUAGUGAGUGUGAUAAAUGCUUCAGCCGAAGUACAAACCUCAUAAGGCACCGAAGAACUCACACGGGUGAGAAACCGUUUAAGUGUCUGGAAUGUGAAAAAGCUUUUAGUGGGAAAUCCGAUCUUAUUAGCCACCAGAGAACUCACACUGGUGAAAGACCCUACAAAUGUAAUAAGUGUGAGAAAAGUUACCGACACCGGUCAGCCUUCAUUGUUCAUAAAAGAGUACAUACUGGGGAGAAGCCCUAUAAGUGUGGAGCCUGUGAGAAAUGCUUUGGCCAGAAAUCAGACCUUAUUGUACACCAGAGAGUCCACACAGGUGAGAAGCCGUAUAAAUGCUUGGAAUGUAUGAGAAGUUUUACCCGGAGUGCCAACCUCAUCAGGCACCAGGCAACUCACACUCACACUUUUAAAUGCCUUGAAUAUGAGAAGAGCUUCAGCUGUAGUUCAGACCUUAUUGUGCAUCAAAGAAUUCACAUGGAAGAGAAACCACAUCAGUGGUCUGCAUGUGACAGUGGCUUCCUCCUAGGCAUGGACUUCGUUGCCCAACAGAAAAUGAGAACUCAGACAGAGGAGCUGCAUUAUAAAUACAGUGUCUGUGAUAAAAGCUUUCAUCAGAGCUCAGCCCUUCUUCAACAUCAGACAAUCCACUUCGGUGAAAAACCAUAUAUCUGUAAUGUGGCUGAGAAAGGUCUUGAGCUCAGCCCUCCCCAUGUAUCAGAAGCCUCACAGAUGUCUUGACCAGACAAGAAGUUAUUAUACCAUAAAAAAAAAAAAAAAAAAGAUGUAUUUACAAUGUAAGAGAACUCAUUUAAGAUGGAGAACUCAAAGCAAAUCUCAGACUUUCUUCAGAGCUCAGACUUUAUUGGGGACCAGAAAAUCUGCAGUUGUAGGAACUUGAGAAAUGGUUUGACCAGAGAGCUGUCUUUACAGAACCGUAUCAAUCACUCCAGUGAGAAACCUUACAAAUGCCCUGAGUUUUUGGAAAACCUCAGUCCAAGCUCAUGUCUGAUCACCCACAAGAGGAUUUAUACAGGUGGGAAACUUACAAGUUCAGUGAAUGUGAGAAAGCUGUCUAGCAAUGCUCACCUCUCCUCAUUCCAAGAGAAUUCAGAUCAGAGGAUGAUAUAUUUUUAAUGCCCUGUGAAACAGUGCUUCAGACAGUAUGCACGCCUCAUUGGACGUCAGAAAACCCCACUGGAAAGAAACCCCAACAGUUGUGAGAAAAGCCUCUUAACAUAACUGUGACUUUAUUACCUAUCAGAGAAGCCAUACAGGUGAAAAUUUGUGUAUUUGCCUUGAAUGUGGCAAAAGCAUUAAGUGGAGAGCUUUCUUGGGUUUGCAACCCAUGGCACCCCCCCCUUCCCCCCGCCAAAAAAAAAAUCUGAUGAAGGACCUUAUGAAUUCUCAGAAUGAGAAAAACUUCUGUUAAUGAUCAGUUCUUGUACACCAGGGAACUUGUAUAUGUGAAAGACCCUAUAAAUAACCCUAAGUCUGGGGGGAAAAAAAAAUCCUUGCAGGAAAUCUCUACCUUAUUGGGCCCCAAAGAAACUACUCUGGAGAGCAUUUUGUAGACCUCUAUAGAGGUCUAACUGGACUGUGUACAUUUAAUAGGUAUGAGAAGAACUGUUCUCAUAGUUAGUUGACCCCUGUAGUAGAGAUGACUUUUAAUGGAGUCGACAUGCAAACCGUUUUGUUUAGAUUCCCAGAAACAUGUUCUGGGAAGAGCUAGGGCAGGUCAGAGUAGGCCUGAUGGGUAACUCAGGUAAAGAUGCUUUUCUUUUAUCUGAACCACUGAAUGAUUGCUUUACUUUCAGUUUUUAAAAUUUGGAACUCCAAUAAAAGGAAGGACUGUAAUUGAGAUAGAAAGUGUGGCAUGUGUUACUGUUGGGGAAAGAAGUACAUUGACUUUGCCUCUGUUGAUUUUCUAAUUCUCGGGUAGAACGGGGACUAGUGUGUUGAUACCAGCAUGGGAACCUUCUGCUGGUUGUGAAAAGAACUAAACAACUGGGGAGUAGUUAUCCUCGAUCAAAACACUCCCCAGAAUUUCCCGUUUGGAGGACCAACCUCAUAAUAAGGCAGAAUGUUCAACAUUUUACUUGGUGUGAAUUGAGACAUACCUUCAGUCCUCGCCCUAAAAUGUCUUUUGGAUUAUUACUUGUAUUUGUAAUUUCAGCUUUAGAGAUUUGUUUGUUAUCAACAGAGAAGUGCAAAUUCCAGGAUGAUCAUUAUGAUUUUGCUAGUUGCCAUAUUUUUGUGACUUCAUUUAUCAUGUUUCUUUCAAUGGUAAGAUAUACUCAAUCAACUCCUUGCACAGUGUUGAAGGGAAGGCUGACAGACUCAAGUCUGAGUCAGCACAGAGUAAAACACAUACUGAUGCGUUAUUAAUGGAGAAACGACUAAGAAUCCUGACUGAAAAGCUGGUAGCGUUUCUUUUUCCCCCCACUCCAUCAUCCUGUUUAUAGCAAAUCCAAGCCUCAUAAUGAUAUACCUUUCAUUUAUUUUGGUUCUGCCAAGGAAAGAGAAUACUUUUUUAUUUCUGGGGAAAAGAAAAGUCACCACAAUAUAAGGUGUACAUUUGGCUUGUAAAAUAGGAUUCUAAAUGCUAGAAGGGAAAAAGAGUUGGCAUUCAUCAGAGGUUUCAAGAUAAGCACUUAUCUCCAAUUUAGUAUAAUUAUGAUUACCUUUAACAUUCUCUGGAAACACUCUAAUUCAGGGAUCUAUAAAUGCAUGCUUGUGAGGUUUUUUUCCCCCUUCCCUCAGAUGAAAAGACAUUCAAUAUAAAUACUUAAGAGUCCUACAGUAUUUGGUACUCUAGACUGGUGAAUAAAUAUUUGCGGUCCUCUGAUAUAUCUUAGCAGAGCCUGAACUCUAGACAGCAUUGGCGUUUGGACUCAUGGGGGUGGCCAGCUGCUAGACUGCCACCUUGCGUAUGGCUCCAAGCUUUGAGCCUAUUGACAGGUUGGUGACCUUGAUAAUCUUAGGGUCAGAGGAUAUAACAUAGUGAUAAGGAAUUUGAUUCUAGGCUGUUUUUUCUUUCUUUUAGAAAACAGAUCCUGGAAGUUUAUUUGAUCUGAUGUGUUUUAGUAAUUUUAUUAGCUCUUACACCAUAAAAACUUGCUCAGUGUGAUAAAACACACAAGAUGUAUUUGUUUCUUUUUGAUGAAAAUCAUGCCUGUCACUAGUAUAUAUUUGACAGUUGUAAUUUUUAAAAUAGUAUUGGAUGUAUGGCUUGGUGGUGAUGAAAAUUAGUCCUUAUGGCUACUUGUUAGUCAUUAGAACUUGGAGAAGGGCACAGUUGUAACUUUGGUGGGGCAAUGACCUGCCCCUUUCAACUAAUCUUACUGGUAAUUGUCUCUAGUCUUUUAAGUAAAUUAAGGAUGGACCAUCCCUCAACCAAAACUUUGAGGGUAUGAAAUAGGUCUGAGGGCUUUUAACCAUGGGGGAAAAAAAGGGUGUUGGUAUUACUCAUAUAGAAUAACCUGAGGUUGGAGAGGACCACUUAGGAGCCUGUAACCAAAAUGAGAAGGUAACUUCUGGAAUGGAGGGAGGUUCUCUUGAGACAGUGCCAACCUAAAUCUACCUCAGGUAAGUAGUUAGAGGAACUUUAUCAAGAUUUCAGACCAAACGAGACACUUGUAUUCAGUCAGUGUAUUCCUAUGCUUUCAUGUUUUUGUUUUCCCUUAAUUCUUAAAUAAAAACAUUGUUCUGAAAACUCCA